AUUUAGACGCGGAGCUCAAGGGCUUUAUACGACAAGGAGGUCGCCGAUAUUUAACAUCAGCAAUUUCCACCUGAAGUUACUCUUCAGACGUUCAACAGAGAUCGAUAUUGGCUUCCAACAUGCAUCUCAUCAGGUCGACGGACAAUUUCCGGAGUCGCGUUGAGAGAGCCGCUAUCAGAAACGAAGAUUUAACUCUGAAAUUAGAAGGUCUACGGGCCGUGCCAUUUGGAACACAACGGCACCUGCUACGACCGGAGAUCGCGGAAGUUGUCAAGGCAUACAACACCGAGGAAGACAAGCGAAUGUGCAUUGAACAACAGGCAAAGUUCAGAAGGAAGAUUCUCCGCCUUCGGCGGGAACUGGGACUUAUCUAUCUGGAAGGGACCCUCUCUGCAGAUUGUGGAGUUUAUGUCGUCAUAGUUGUCCCACCACCUCCCGAAGCACUAAGUGAUGGGGCAGCAGUUGCAGGCAGUGCUCCGUCCGGGGGAGGGCAAGAGAUAGGCGACCAUGGCUCUUACGAGGUCGUGAUCCAGAAAUCGGCUGGCGACGAUCGGGCGGUCACGCUGCAUAUCGGUGACAUUCUGCAACUUGACGAAGAUGAGAGGAUGAAGGCUACGGGUGAUGGGAUUGCGCUGAUCGUCCUGAAGUACGAUGUGGUCCAAGAGGACCAUAAUUAGUGAAAUCGGAAUGUGGUACGGUCGUACUCAAUAAUUCAUGAAAUUCAAAUCAUCGCUCC